AUGGCAGUACGGCCACAGCACAUGCAUGACGGUGGUAUUGUUGAGCGUAGAUUGCGUCCAAUUUACGACUGGUUGGACAAUGGGAACAACAAGAAGGCCUUGCAAGAGGCGGAAAAGGUUCUUAAAAAAAGUCCAUCAUUACAAGCCGCUAGGGCUUUGAAAGCGUUAGCGUUAUUUAGGUUAGGAAAAGGACCGGAGGCUCACAGCGUACUUGAUGCACUUGCUAAAGAAAAGCCAAGUGAUGAUUCAACUUUACAGGCUAUGACUAUAUCUUAUAGGGAAUCUCAACAAUUCCACAAGGUAUGUGAACUAUAUGAAGCAGCAGUAAAAGCAGAACCAAAUAGUGAAGAGUUACAUUCACACCUUUUUAUGUCAUAUGUGAGAGUGGGAGAUUAUCGGUCUCAACAAAGAGCAGCAAUGGCAUUAUACAAGUUUGCUCCUAAGAAUCCUUACUACUUUUGGGCUGUGAUGAGCAUUGUUUUACAAGCAAAAACCACAGAUGAUCCUCCAAAGAAAGGAAUCCUCUUAACACUAGCCCAAAGGAUGGUGGACAAUUUUAUAUCAGAAAAUAAAAUGGAAGCUGAACAAGAGGCUCGCUUAUAUGUCAUGAUUUUAGAGCUGCAAGAAAAAUGGGAAGAUAUCCUCAAUUUUAUAGAAGGGCCGUUGUACUCUCAGCUUGUCCCUGGGUCAACAGCGCAAGCAAGCAUACCAUACUUAAAGAAACUAGGUCAUUGGAGACGGCUUAAUUUACUCUGUAAGGAGCUGUUAUGGGAUAACCAGGAUCGUUGGGAUUAUUACCUACCUUAUUUUGACUCUGUCUUUCAAUUAAUGAGUAACGCUGAGUCUGAUGGUGACAAUUCAGCGGAUGAUACAGCAGAAAAAUGUCACGAAUUUAUCUGUCAGCUUGUAGAGAGUAUGUCCUCAGGAAGGACUUUAAGAGGUCCUUAUUUAGCUAGGCUAGAAUUAUGGAAGCGGUUGUCAGUAGAUGGGGACCCCACUGCACUGCUAGGUAGUGGAGUGGCUUUAUGUAUACAAUAUUUAAGGGUCUUUGCGAAUAAACCUUGUGCUGUACCUGAUUUAAAGCCUUAUUUAGCAAUGAUACCACAAAAAGAGAGGGAAGAUCGGUGCAGAGAUUUCUUGACUUGUUUGGGUUUUGAUGAGAAUAGUGAGCCUGAGUCGCCGGACGACAUUCAGCGCCACAUCUCGUGCAUUUGCGCGUGGCGGCUGACGGCGCCAGUGGCGUCCGCCAGCGAGCAGUUGUCGGUGGCGACGGCGCUGCGCCGCCAGUACUUGCGCUGCGUGGCGCGCCGGCUGGUAACAGCGACGCCCACUGAAUUCUGCGCCGCUGAUGGUUAUGGGACUCUUGCUGCGCAUCACUAUUUCUAUGCUGCGGUACAAGAGAAGAAUGCUCAACCUAUAGUGGAAGCUCUGUGUUUGUUAGAGCUGGUGCUACACAACUCGCCUUCCAAUUUCCAUGCGAAACUACUCCUCAUCACUCUCUAUCAUAUACUUGGCAACGCAGUAGCAGCAGAGUCGAUCUACCGUCGGCUGGAGGCGAAGCACGUGCAGCUGGUAUCGCUGGGCUGGCUGCACGCCGCGCGCCUGGCGCCCGCGCUGGCGCCCGCGCGCGCGCUGCGCCUGCUCGCCGACACGCACGCCUUCCACAAGCACCACGCCAAGGACAGCAUGGAACACCUAACCUACGCAUACAAGUACGGAACAUUCGAGAAGCUGGUCGAGCUGAGCGCGUGGGGCGAGCGGCUGGAGGCGUGCGCGUGGUGCGCGCUGGCGGGCCGCGAGCGCGCGCUGCUGCCGCUGCUGGCCGGCCCGCCCGCGCCGCUGCACGCGCCCGCCCGACUGCCCUGCCCGCCCACUGACAACCGAGAUCUCAACGCGAUAGUGAGCUGGGACCCGCCGCAGAUGGUGGACCCCGACCUGAAGUCGCGCACCUUCGAGCAGGAGGUGGCGUACUUGAGGCUUAAGGAUGGCCUUGUUUCUUCUAUAGCGCUGUGCAUAGAGUGUUCGGACAACCGCAGCGUGGAGGAGAAGCGGGAGCAGCUGGAGGAGUUGCAGGGCUGCGUGGCGGCUUUCGGCAGCGCGCUGGCGCAGUGCCGCGCCCGACUCGCCGCGCCCCACGCGCCCACGCUUCACUACCCAUUCCCCAGCAGGAUCAUUGCGUUCGUGACGUCCCCGGUGCCGUACCGGGAGCUGUACACGCGCGCGCUGUCGCUGGCGCGCGCGCUGUGCGGCGGCUCGGGCGCGGCGGCGCGCGAGCACGGCGCGGCGCUGCGCGCGCUGCUGGCCGCCAGCAAGCAGCCGCUGGCCGCGCUGGGCGCCGCCGGCGACGUGUGGGCGCUGCGGGAGACGUUCGAAGCGCUGUCUAAUUAUUUAGAGUUCAUAGGCGUCAUCACUUUCCUGCUGGGUGUAUGUAACGAAGUUACCGCCCCGGCGAAUACGAAGAAAUCCAAAAAGAAAACGAACCAAUCUCCCGACCAAAUACUCACCUCCGAACUACUGAGCAAGAUAAACGACGACGUGCAGGACAUUAUUGUCUUCCUCGAGGACAUAUUUGACAAUUGGCCUAGUUAUAACUACGGGUUCACCCUAGAAGACGAACUAAUGAAAUUAGACAUAACCGAAAAAUACCAGUGUCCCGUCGAACAAAAAUUAAAAAAUGGACUCCAAGAAGUUCUAACGGACAUUAAAAAUAUUUUAAAAAAGAAAGCAAAGUAUUUAAAGACAUUACAA